AUGUAUUCCCCUGAGCAGGCUUCCACCAAAGCGAGCGUGGUAGCGGAGACAGCAGAAAUAGAAACGCCAAUCCAACAAGAGACGAUCGAAUGUAACUUUGCGGAAUAUCGCGACCCCAUGGACAUUGAUGAGCAUGGCCGCCAGGGCGAGAAACCAAAGCCAUCGAUUUUGGUACUCCCCAACGAGAUCCUGCUGUCGAUCGGCGUGUGCUUGGAUGAAGUUAGCUUGGCGGCAAUGGUCCAGACCUCUCGAUUCAUGAAGAACCUGCUCACCAAGCAGCUGUACAUCAAGGCGGUGGAUUUCAUGCAUCACGGAUACGACACCGUGGUUGAAUGGGCUGCCGCGCAGGGUCAGCUGUCCACCAUCCAAAAGGUUUUUGAGCAGACUCCAGCGGAUGCGGACUGGGGUCGAAUAGUCUCGGAUGGAAUUAUCGCCGCGGUGGGAGGGAAUAAGGUCGACACAUUGGAAUUCCUGUGCCGUCAUCGCGCGAGUCUGAUCUACCCGCUGAAUCCGCAAUUAACGGCCGUUCCCACGAACAAGAGAGGGAUAGUAAUACCCAACAGCCCCGUUAACAUUGCUGCGCACUGCGGGAGCUACGAGGCUCUCGAAUUUCUCCUCGAGAGCGGGGUGCCGUUUAACAUGCCUCCGCUUCGAAAGGCCGCGCUGAUGCUCGAAGGCACUGGGGGCACGACGGGCAACACGCGGGUGGCCAAGCUGCUAAUCCGGCACGGGUUCGACGUACAUUUGAGGGGCGUCAGCAAUCAUACGCUGCUGCACGACCUGGCCGCCCGCGGGAGUAUCGCGCACGUGGAUCUUCUGGCGGCGACGGUGCCCGAGUAUCUCAACCACCAGGAUCUGCACGGAAGAACACCGCUGAUGCACGCCAUCACCGCGGGCCAAUUCCACUGUGCAAGACACAUGGUGACCUCCCUGGGAGCGGACGUAGCCGUGAGUAGCGCCACGGGUACCACGGCGCUGCACACGUCAGUUAAAUCAAACGCCAUUGACUUGGUGGAGACGCUGGUUAGCCACGGGGCGAACCUCAACGCGGAGGACACAGGCAAGAUGACAGCCCUACAUGUCGCCACCGAUACUUGUUUCGGCCCGAUUAAGGAACCCAGAAUGGUGGCAGUCCUCCUGGAUGCGGGGGCGUUCUGCUCGCCCGUGGACGCAGAAGGUAACACGCCGUUGAGCAAUGCACUGCUGGCGCGGAAUCGCGAGAUUGCCGACCGGUUGAUGCUGGCGGGGGCCGUGCAUCACGCGUAUGAAUUCGAACGGCUCGAGGUGAUGAUGAAUGCCUGUCGCGUGGGCUGCAUGGAUAUCAUUCAGAUGUAUACAAACCGCAAGAGAUUCAAUAUCGAAGACCACGAGGAUCGUUGGAUGCGGACGGCCCUUCACCUGGCCGCAACUGACGGGCAUUUCGAGGUCCUGGUAUUCCUGCUGAGGAAGUGGCGGGACGUCGACCGGCGCGAUGCGAUCGGCCGUACGGCUCUGUGGUACGCCGCGCGAACAUCCAAGCCGGAGUGUGUCAACGUCCUGAUCGAGGCGGGGGCAUCGGUAGACAUGGGUGACGAUCAGGGCUGGACUCCCCUGAUGAACCUGACUCGAAACACUGACAAUCGGGAUGCAAUGACGCGCUUCCUGCAGCUAUCGAAGGACGUCGAGUGGAGAGACGACAAGGGAAGGACUGUGCUUCAUCAUGCGGCACGUCGGGGUAAUAUUCCUGCAAUGCAUGCGAUCAUUGACUUUCGAGACAGCUUGGUCAGCCAGGUUGACAACCGGCAGCACUCCGCCCUGAUGGUCGCCAUCAUUCAUGGACGCGCCGACGUGGCUCUUUUCCUGAAGGAGUUCAUCUCUCUCAGUCGAGCGGACUUUAAAGAUCUCGUGAGGAAUGGGUGCCUCCAUGCAGUAUCAUGGAUUCAAACGGGACCCGAAUGGGAAUCCACGCGUCAAGAUUGGCGUGCCGUCAUGGGGGAUGAUGACUCUGAUGAUGUUGAUUCGGAAGUUGAACCGGCGGCGAGACAGGCAGAGACCGAAUAG